CGCAACGUGAGGUCUCAGUCACACCCCCCCCACUUAACAACACGCCAGCAUCGGUCCAACUCGUUUUUUUCUUCUUCCUCUUCUUGGCAAUCCAAGUCCAAGUCGAUUCUCCUGCCAUUCCUUGCGCUGACCACGUACGCUAGACCGGCAGGCUCCGCUGGUCUCGUCUAGAACCCAAACGCCCAGCAGCACCCACCCAGUGCUCCAGUUUGUUUCUAGCUACUCUCAUCGACCGACUCGACGUCGGGAACAUCUAGCCCACCCCACCAAAAUCGGUUUAUACGUCAUUCUUAUCUCUUUUCAUCUUUCUCCAUCAACAUGAGUCUUCGUCCACCUUCUACGAGUCGCAGCCCGUCCCCGGCAAAUGACAGUGGCAGGGCCGCCACUGCACGUCAGUCUUUGGGGCCCUCCACUAGGGGUAAUGGCGGUCUCGUGCCCUCUUCUCCCCGCCCCGGCGGUAUCAGUUCCAAUGCCCGUCCGACCAGUGAGCUGCUCGGCGGUUCUGGCAUGUUCCAGACACCUGAGGCGGAAGCGCUCGACCAAUGGUUCGAAAACCUUCAGAGCUACGAAGCCACCCUAGAAGAGAUGGCCGCCGCCUCCUUGGACGUUAAUUUUAAAGAAGAACUCAGCGCCAUCGAGCAAUGGUUCAAGGUUCUCUCGGAAGCAGAGCGCACAGCCGCUCUUUACAGUCUUCUCCAACAUUCCACUCAAGUUCAGAUCAGAUUCUUCAUUACCGUCUUGCAGCAGAUGGCUAGGUCGGACCCAAUGACCGCUUUGCUCAGUCCCGCAAUGGGUGGUUCGAUGCAAAGUCAGAUGGAGGCCAAACUCGCGUCUAUCAAGUCACCGGGCCUCAAGUCUGGUCUUCCUGCUUCGCCUACUACCCGGAACUUCAGCGGAACCAAUCGUCAGUCUCUUAUCUUGGACAACUCCUCCAAUUUCCUUUCUCCUGAUUCUGCUGCCAAUCCCUCGCCAUCUGCUGAUGCCGCUGCGACUCUGGCCCAGCAGAGGGCCAAGUUCAAGGCGACCAAUGCUGCGCAUCGCAUUUCGGCACCUGUCCUUUCGUCCCCUUCAGUUGGUGAUGGACGUCCGACUACGUGGGGCUCGCAACUCAGUCAGCUUGCUGAACAGAAUGGGCCUUCUCAGGAGAUAGCUAUCAGCUCACGCCCGAAGAGCACCGAGUUUGUGGCAUCGCCCCGUGCUUCCAAUGGGGAGGUGACGCUACCCCCAAGUGACAGCUGGGCUAGCAUGGUCAACACACCUCUCAUCCCCAUGUUCCAGAAAGAAAAUCGCUUGAACACUCAGUCUUUCGAUGCCGCGAGCACCAAGCUGAACGAUUGGAACAAGUCUGCUGCGCCAGGCGUUCCCAUGAUGGGUGACCCUACGAUUCACAAACGCACCUCCAAACCCCCUACAGGUAACGACAGCCGCGAUGUUCAAAGUAGUAUCUACGACGAUAACGGAAACAUGAUCAAUGCAGGGCAACAACAAAAUCAAAACCGCGGUGGUGGCAACUUGAGGAACGCUAACUUGGGUGCUGGUGCGCCUGGUGGGUCCAACUGGUCUGGGGCAAGGAGCCCGGGGCUUCCAGGCUCGGCCUCAAACAACAGUCGAUACGACGACGGUGCCGGGAACCUCAACUCGAUGAAUGGACUGGGCAUGCAGAUGGGCGGAUUCGGGAUGAGUCCGCUGGGUAUGCCCAAUAUGGGUGGGAUGCCUCCGUUGAAUCCGUUCAACAACGUGUUCAGCGCCUUGGGUAUCUCCCCCGAGACGCAGCUGUUGGCGGCUCAGAUGGCUGCGAGCGGAUUUGGUCAGGCGAAUUGGUUAGGGAUGCAGCCCCAGAGUGCAGGGCUGAAUAAUAACAACAGACGCCACCAGCCCAAGUCGGCUAUCAUGAAGAGUCCGACCAGUGCUGGAAGCGGCGGGACGCCCAAAGCUGAGGACGACGUUGACCCGCAGCUAUUGAAUGAUGUUCCUGCGUGGUUGAGGAGUUUGAGGCUACACAAGUAUACGCCGAACUUUGAGGGUAUGAAGUGGCAGGAUAUGGUUGUGUUGGAUGAGGAGGCAUUGGAAGAAAAGGGUGUGGCUGCGCUUGGGGCGAGAAGGAAGAUGUUGAAAACGUUUGAGCUGGUUAGGAAGAAAAUGGGCAUUGAGGGUGGUCCGCCGCAGUCAAGCUCUGCCAUUGGCUCACCUUGAAGUUGACCGAGAAUAACAGACUGGAUCCUUCACUGUGAUUCGAAAAGGCGAAAUAUCGCAAGAGGUGUAUUUUCUGUGUCCAUUCUCAGUUUUUCCUUACUUAAAAAACGUAUCCUUUGUGAUGGCCAAAAUUGGACUAGCCUACAUAUGUAUUGGUUCCCAUUUUCUAAUAUUCUAUACCUCUCAAUGAAUGAACGAACGUUGCUCUAUUCCUCUCAGACUCGUGUGCGUGUAAGCAUUCUCAUUGCUAUAUAUAUAACUGUGGGUUAUUUUCGCCAGGGUGCCAUGGGCUGUUGUUAGCAUUGUAUUUAGACCUGGGGCGUGUC